AUGUCCAGCACCUCCAGCUCCAAUCAGCCUGACCCAUUUGGGUUUAACUCUGAGUGCAAUUCUGGCAGCGAUACCCAACUCAUGACCGACACCUUCUCCAACAUCAUUAAUUCAACAUAUACGUUUCGUUGCUGCCUGGAUGGUUUUGGAUGUAUCGACCAAUCGGGGUCCCCCUUUCAUGCUUGUGGAGAAAAUAUCGUGGUUGACUCACAUAACCUUGGCAAUUAUCCCACUCUGACAUUGUGCAUUGGAGGAACUUUUGAGCAGCAUGCUUGUGCAGCGGAUGGAUGUCAAGCAAUCAGCAGGUCGGCAGUAAUCAGCAAACCAUGUCCCCCGCAGCUUGUGGACUAUAUGAAAGUCCAGCCGAUGGGUUCUCAAUUCGCUUGCUGCGACUCGUCGUCAUGCGUUCUUGGAAACGAUUAUUCCUGUGCAUCAUCACGGUCUUUGCAGAUUUGCAUUGGAGACGGAAUUGGUACUGAAUGCAUCAAUCCAGCAGACCUUGCGAUCUGCUCUGGAAACUUCUCUUCAGCAUCUACCGCUGGUGCUGGUGGAGCUUCUACCUCUGGGUCAAAUCCACAAAUCCCACCACCUUCAUCUCCAAUGAAUUCUUCGCCGGCUGCGUCAUCUCCGACUUCUUCACACUCGGGACUUGGUCCAAGUGAUAUAGCAACAAUUGUAGGAUCAACUCUUGGUGUGUUUACAUCGGUAAUUGGAGCUUGGUUAGGGUACAGGGAAAUAAAAAAGAGGAAGCUAUUACGUAGGAGUGGAUUAGAGGAUGAAAAAAAAGAUGGCACCCCAGUUCCAGCCCGAGAGGAAUCUUCGGCGUAG